AUGAUCAAUACCCUAUCCAUCGCCGCGUCCCUGCUGACGCUGGCAACAACCGUUCUGGGCAGCUGCGAGACCAUCAGCUAUACCACCUGCGCCGAUAACAUUGUGCACUGGUACGACCCAACCAACGGCGAAGUCUGCGAUCCCCUCGACUGCGGCGGUGGUCGUGCCCCCGUCAAGUACGACGUCCCCUGCUGUGCGGCAUACACUGGCACGGAGCCCUGCGUUUCGACAACCUCUACUCUCUCUUGCUGGAAGCCUUCAUCAGUCUUGGCUUCUACGACAGCAGCAUCCACCUCGGCCGAGGCCACUGAGGCCACUGUGACCGAGACCGCUGUUACAUCUACUUCUACUGGCGCGGCGAAGACUUCCGGAAGUGAUUCUAGUAGCACUGCGCCGUUGACCACCACUGCACCGACUACCUCCACUGCUGCGACGACGUCGAAGAGUGAAGUGUCCAGCAGUGGCUCGGUCGCAUCGAGUGAAUCUGCGACACCCAGUGACUCCACCGAAACAAGCAGCUCCGCUGCGCCGGUCUCUACUAAUAUGGCGGGCGGCUUUGUUAGCUCCUUGAAGGUUGUUGCGGGUGCUGCGAUCGGAGCACUUGUUCUUGUCUGA